AUGACUGAUUCCGCCAAGGAUAGUCUAGAUGUGAACACCAAGCCUAGUGAUACUACGCCCGUGAAGCGCAAACCGCCGAAACUAAGACGCAAACCGCCGGCUGCUGAGGAGUCACCUACUGAGAAGAAAGCUGCGCCAGUCGAGGAGACGUCUAGUGUUGAGAAACCCCCGACUAAGGACUCAGAUUCGGACCAGAAGAAGCCUUCCAAGGAAUCCAGCGCUGAGAAACCUGUGGAGGAACCCCGCGGUGGGAAACAGCCUGCUACCAGCGAGGAACUCCCGCCCAUCGAAAAACUUUCUAUCUCGGACGAAUCGCCCUCUCCUGAGAAGCCCGAAGAGUCACCUCCAGUUGAGAACUCAUCCCCAACCCAGGAACCACCGACCGAGGAGCCAUCAUCCCCAGAAGAACAGCCCCCCUCUCCGGAACCCGCUGCAAACGAGACACCCCGGCCCACCGAAGAAGCACCUCCACCAGAAGAGCCCCCGGAACAUUCGCACUCACCAACGCCAUCAAACCAAUCCGACUCCCCCGCAAAACCCGACCCAAUGGCCGACGACGCCAAGUCCGCCUCCUCAAUGGACGAGCUCAGCGCGCCGAGCUCCCCGCAACCCGAGCCCGAACACCAACCGGAACCGCAGCCCCAACCCCAGCGCCAGCGCCAACGCCAGCAACGCCGACAACGCCCCGUGGCCACCCCGCCGCCCCGCGACCCCUCCACCGCAUCGAGCUACCGUCAACAACGCCGCCGCGGCCAGCGCAACGCCGGAAACCAGGACCUGCUCCCGCUGGGCUCGCUGGGCGACACCGGCAACCUGACGCGGGGCGCGGGCGAACUCGUCCAGGACACCGCGGGCAAGGCCGUCAGCACGGUGGGCAACACGGCCGGGAAGGCGGUGGGCGGGGUGCUCGGGGGCGGUGGCCAACAGCAGCAGAUGCAGGGCCAGGGCCAGGAGAAAGGGGGUGGGGGUAAAGAGGAGCAGCUGCGGUUGCGGCUGGAUUUGAAUCUCGAUGUCGAGGUGCAGCUUAAGGCAAAGAUCCAUGGGGAUUUGACGUUGCAGCUUUUGUGA